AGGCGCAACAGUCGAUUUAAGUGAAGAACCACAAAAGUAUAAAGGCAUCGAAACAUUAAUCCCCAAGAACUUGAAAGAUCAAUUGGAUACCAUAGUGAUUACACAUUUUCCUAAUGUUAAGUUGAUUGCAGCUGAAAAGAUUCUUGAAAUAUUGCUUGGAUCAAGUAGAGGAGGGUAUGUGUGGUCAAAUUUGAAUUAUGAUUACAUCGACAACAGAUUAUUGUUUGUGAAAUUUGAUAGAGUAGAAGAUGUUAAAUGGUUUGUAACCAAGUAUGAAAAGGAUGUUGGUUCAUUAUUGAUCAAUGAGUCAAUUAAAAUAGUUCACCAUCAUGAAUUAUCAAAUCAAGACAUAGAAACUACGGAAUCUACUGAUGAUAUAGAUGAGGAAGAUAUUAGAGUCACAUUAAAUUCAUUACUUUUGAAUGUAAAAAACUAUGAGAAGGUUUCCAAAAAGACAGGUACUGAAUGAAUUAAUAGAUGUGCCUAGUAACAUGAGAGAGGGGAUAGUCAAGGAUAUUAUAAAAUUUAGAUCUGAAGUAUUAAACAUAGAGAGAGAAAUGCGUAAGAAAGAAAUUGAAAAUGAAAGAAAGGGAACUAAAGAAAGGUUGAAGAAAAUUUAUGAAGGCAUUAAGGAAACCAAUGAAGAAACUGUAGUAAAGUCAUCCAAAGACACACCAGAAGUGAUAGCAAGAAUUGUUGAAUUCCCUGAAUUAAAUGAUAAGGAAUAUGAUGCAUUCUUAAAAACUGAAGAUGAAGAAAGCUUGGAAAAGAAUUAUAUUUUGAAAUUGGCACAAAUGCAAGCUACAGAAUCAAUUGAAAGAUUACAGUUGGAAAGCACGUUGCAAAAGUUAAAAUCUUAUGAGCAAGAUUUGAUAAAUAACAAAGAAAGAUAUUUUAAAGAAAUUCAGAAAGCUUCUGAGUUUGAUCCAACAGUUGAGGUUUUGAAUCGCCAAAAAAUGUCACAUUUCACUUCUAUACUUAAGUUUUAUGCUGAUGAUUACGCAGGAUAUAUGUCAGAAAGAAGCGAAAAGCGCUUAGCUGAAGAGCUUGCUGAUAAAGAAAUUGAAAAAAAUGAAUCAGAGUUGAAUAAAGAUGAAGCAGCUCCAUCUGUAAAGAAGAUCAAGGUUGAGGCUCAAGUUGACACUGAAGUUGUAGAUGAAUCAAUUGAUGACAACGUGUUUGUCAUUGCAAAAUUACUGCAAGAAGAUACUGAAAAGAUUAAUGAAAAGAUUAAGAGUUUGGUAGAGGAAUAUUUGGGAGAGGUGGAUGAUACUUUGGUCAACACAAUCAGCAAGAAUAUUACCAAGAACAACCUAGAAGCUAAGGAAGAUUUGGUUAAAGACUUAUCAGAAGUCUUAGAAGAAGAUGCUGAGAGCUUAACUAAUGAUUUAUGGGAAUUCAUUGAAGCUGAAUUCAAAAAGUAAAUAAUUCUACAAUAAAUAAUAUUAAUGAAAUAAAACUUUAAUGAAUAUAAAAUGUAAAUAUUGUAAAAUAACAAAAUUAAGCGACAAUUUAUAAAGUAGAUUAAUACCAAUUAUAAAUAUAUCAAGAAAACUGAAAAAAAAUGGGAAAAUAAUAAUAAAGGAAAAAGAAGAUAAUAUAAUUUUUUUUGGGUUCUAAAGAAAUCUUUCUCUCUAUUCAAAAAUUAAAAAAUGAAACUCACAAUUGUCGAAUAUGUAAGUAUGGAUGGGUGUUCAACUAUAUCAAUCAAUAAAAAAACUUAUAAUACA